AUGUUCGCCAGAUCUGUCGCGCGCAAUGUGCCUACGAAGGCCAUCUUCGCUCGACAGACGUUCCGCCAGACAACCGCAACAACGCGAGCCUCCUCCACAUCUUCUGGGUCCCGCGCUGAAUCACCGUUCUACCUGACCCUCUCCGCCUCGGCUGCCACUGUGACCGCUGUCGGCGCGGUGGCAUGGUAUUAUCAUCUCUAUGGCCAAGAGGCUUGUGCUAUGACGCCCGCUGAAGAAGGGUUACAUCCAGCUAAAUACCCAUGGGAACACACAAAAUGGACAAAGACAUUCGACCACCAAGCUCUCCGCCGUGGCUUCCAAGUCUACCGCGAAGUAUGCAUGGCUUGCCACUCUCUCACUCGUGUGCCAUGGCGCGCAUUCGUCGGCACCAUCCAUACCGUGGACGAGAUGAAAGCCAUGGCCGAGGAAUACGAGUACGAUACCGAACCCAAUGACCAAGGCGAAAUCGAGAAGCGGCCAGGCAAAUUGUCCGACUAUAUUCCCCCGCCCUACAAGAAUGACGAGGCUGCCCGCGCCGCAAACAACAGCGCUCUACCACCAGAUUUGAGUUUGAUAGUCAAGGCCCGCCAUGGCGGCUGUGAUUACAUCUUCAACUUGCUAACUGGAUAUCCCGAUGAGCCGCCUGCGGGUGCCACAGUACAGGAGGGAUUGAACUUUAAUCCCUACUUCCCCGGAACUGGAAUCGCAAUGGCCCGCGUCCUCUUCGAUGGCCUUGUCGAAUACGAAGACGGCACACCCGCCACCACCUCGCAAAUGGCCAAGGACGUAACGGAGUUCCUAAACUGGGCGGCAGAACCGGAGAUGGAUGAGCGAAAAAAGAUGGGCCUCAAGACUCUUGCCAUCACUGCUAUGCUCACUGCCAUCAGCAUCUGGGUUAAGAGAUAUAAGUGGGCACCUAUCAAAUCGCGGAAGAUCGUGUAUAGUCCGCCCGUUGGGAGACCGCCCAUUGGCAAGCGCUAG